CCGCGUGCGCAUGCGCGGUGCAGGAGGGCCGGCGGAGGUUCUGUUCCAGAGAAGCUGUGUCCUGUUUCUGUAUGAAUGUUCCAGGUUUAUUUCAUUUUGCAUUCUUACUGAGAGGGGUGCAAACACCAUCAUGGACACGGUGGAUUUUGAGGAAGCAGCAGCUCUCUCUGCCCAGUGUUCCCUUGCUUCAGGCAGAAAGAAAAAGGAACUCUCUGAAACUCCUUGAACUAAGUGAGGCAGAAUUAGAAGAACAGUUUGUAAGAGGUGAUGGUCCAGGAGGUCAAGCCACAAAUAAGACAAACAACUGUGUUGUCCUGAAGCAUAUUCCAUCUGGGAUUGUAGUGAAGUGUCAUCAGACAAGAUCAGUGGAGAAGAACCGAAAGAUUGCCAGAGAAAUCCUGCAGGAAAAAGUUGACCUUUUCUACAAAGGUGAAGACAGUGAUGUUUUUAAAGAGAAGAAAGCAUCAGAGAAGCAAAAGCAGGAGAAAAAAAGAAGAGCAAAGGAAAACUUAGAAAGGAAAAAACUUUUUAAAGAGAUGCAACAAUUGGAUAAGGAAUAAACAUGUGAAAUACUGACUUGCCCUAGCAGGCACCCUCACCAACUGCCACCAUAUCUGGGCCUUCAAGGAAGACCCAGAGCCAGAGUGUGGAUUUUGAAGGCAGCAGGGACUUCUAGAACUUCACCUCUUUGUCCCAGAGACCAAGUGCCCCCUGUGCCAUGGAUGGAGUGCUCCAGCAGUCUGAAGUUCCCUUCCCUUGUUCUUUCCUAAACUCCUGCAUGAAGGUUAAUUUUUUUUCUGUUGAUAGUUCUUGCUCCUGGAGUAUGAAUCUGAUUAAAGUGACUGUACAUAGUUUUAAUACAAACUGUUAAUGAAAAUAAGCUUUAUUACGUCAAGUAAUAAAUACAUACAAAGAUGCAAAUAA